AUGGAACUCCUCACGAUAAACCAAGUGACAAUGAUGACGCAGGCUCACUUGAAGAGUGGAGGAACAAAAGAAAAAAACAUAUGUGGUGAACAGCCCUCAAAAUACGGAUACGGCCGCCACAGGAAACCGAUUCCGGUGCCUGUACCGGUACCUUCUCCAGUUCCCGUACCGGUACCUUCACCUGUUCCGAUACCGGUACCUUCUCCAUAUCCAUUCACGAAUCCCUUUGGUAUGCCUCCUCCUCCAUAUCCAAUCACGAAUCCCUUUGGUGUGCCUCCAUGGUAUGGACGAUUCCGAGCUGCCAGAAGUGGAGGUGAAUCCAUUUCUAAUUAG